AUGGACCCGAUUCAAGAAGCGAUUGAAGAAAUCGAAUCGCGUGAACCAGGAGAUGAAUUUUCGUACCAAGCAAUUGCGAAGAAGUAUGGUGUAGGACGAAUGACGCUGAUGAGACGACACAAGGGCGAAACCGAGACCUAUGGCUUGCGCAAGUCCUCCCUCCACCCACAACACGAAGCCGAGCUCGUACGAUAUAUCGAAACGCUUACCGAACGACGUUUGCCACCUACAAGAACAAUGAUACAACAGUUUGCCAGUCAGUUGGCUGGCAAGCCGGUCUCCGAAAGCUGGGUUUCCCGGUUCCUCCGCCGGCAUCCCAACCAUCUCAUCUCUCGCUCGGGCAAAGCCAUGGCCAAGGAGCGUACCAAAGCUGAUUCAGGGGCCAAGUACAACUUGUAUUUCAAGCUUCUACAUGAAAAGAUAGAGGAGUACAAUAUACAACCCACCCAUAUAUUCAAUAUGGACGAAAAGGGAUUUCAACUUGGCCGGGUUGGCAAUACAAAACGUAUAUUCAGCAGAAGACUCUACGAGCAAAAAGGGGCAAGGCAAGCACUUGAAGAUGGCUCAAGCGAGUGGAUAACGGUGAUAGCUUGUAUUUGUUCGGAUGGCAAAGCUUUGAGUCCAACUCUCAUCUUCCAGGGAGCCAACGGAGCUGUUCAAUCGAGCUGGGUUGAAGCUAUACAAGCAGGAGAACACUCAGUAUUUACUACGUCAUCACCCUCUGGCUGGAGCAACAACGAUAUUGGGUUAGCUUGGCCCAAACAGGUGUUUGACCGAGAAACUAGACGGCAUGCUUCAACUGGGUAUCGAUUACUACUCCUUGACGGCCACGGAUCCUAUGUAACCAUGGAUUUUAUUGAGUAUUGUAACGACAACAAGAUUCUCUUGUUUGUACUGCCUCCUCACGCUACCCAUACGCUUCAACCACUUGAUGUUGUGAUGUUCAAACCCCUGGCAACAGCUUACUCAACUCAGUUGAUGGGAUACCUCCAGGACAGCCAGGGGUUACUCAAUUUGACCAAAGGAGACUUCUUCCCGCUCUUCUGGAGGUCCUGGAGCUCUGUAUUCAAGCCUCCACUCAUCAAGAGGUCUUUUGAAGCCACCGGUAUACAGCCAGCCAACCCAGACGUUAUACUCAAGAAGUUUGCCAAGGAGGCUUCAGAUUCUGACAGCAGCCAGUCAGUCCUCUCCGGAGAGGAUUGGCUCAAGCUCAAGUCAAUUGUACGCCGUGAGGUGAAGGAUCAGAGCAGUAAGGACGUCAAGAAGCUUCAACGAAGCUUGUGCCACAUCUCAGCUCAAAACAGUAUCCUCCGUGAAGAGGUCAGGGGCCUCAGGCAGUCCCUAGCCAUCAAGGAGAGGCGACCAAAGCAGUCCUUCACCCUCCAGCUUGAUGAGGACGAGGUUUACCAUGGGGGAGCCAAACUGUGGUCGCCCAGGAGUGUACAACGAGCUCGCGAUCGUCGGGCAUCACAACAACAACAAGCCGAGCUUGAAAAGCUUCAAAAAGCCGAGCAAGCCGAGAUCAAGAAGGCAGCACGCGAUUGUGAGCUUCAACUCAAAGAAGCAGCCCGUGUUGAGCGGGAGAAGGGUUGGGAGGAGACCAGAAAGCGGAAGGCUGCAGAGAAAGCCGAAAGAGACUAUCGUAGAAGCCUCCGCGACGCUGCCAAAGCUAUAAAAUUGCCCCAAUCGGGUAAGCGCAAAGCUUCAAAACCUCAUAAGCCAGCUACAAAGCGUCAAAAGCGUGGUGGUGUUGCUCCAGCUGUGGUGGGAGCCGCAAGGCGUGCACCAGCUGCUCUACCGCGUAGUCGACGACAACGACCGAUAACGCCCUCUAAAAGAUUAUCUGAAUAA